UUGAAACGGACAAAGCUAAAACAAGAUAAGACGACGAUCCGCGAGGCAACGUCAUCGCCCAAACUCAACGUUGAAACAUUCAAAUACCGGACGGACAGGGCAGCGCAGGGAAGACGCAGCCAACGAGCCAGCAGCCACAUAUUUGUGCGUGAUAGGCACCAGCAGCCUUUGGUCCUUGAUUGACUAAUUAAUCGCUUGAGUGACUGAAGCCAUUGUCCCGCCCGCUGUCCUGCUCCUCGUCUUCUUCCAUCUACUUCUUCUCCCUGUCGACCGCCCUCUCUCCCUGUACGAAGCGGAGCGGAACCCAGCAAGCGACCACUUACCCCUCUACAUACCAGCCAACCAACCAACCCAGCUCAACCUCAACACCACCACCGCCCACCGCCCACCACCCCUCCCAGCGCGAAAGACCACGCCAUGAGCGCCGCAGAAUCCACCAAAGCCAUGCCGCCGUUCACGACCGACAACGCAGAUCACACGACGGCGACGGAGAGAGGGAAGCGCAAGAUAUUGAGCUUGAACCCCAAAGACGAAGCGCCCGAGACGACGCCAGCACAGAGCAACCGCAUCGUGACUCCCACGUCGGCGCCCUCUCUGCUCCCCUCACCACCUCUGACCACCUCGCCCCGCGGGCUGUCUCCCCGUGGAAGCCCACGAAUCUACCCAGCUGGCAUCGCCGCCUCUCCCGGCCGCCGAGUCCGUUCCUCUUCGCCCGGUCUGCAUUCACCUGCGUCGAGCCAGAUUUUCGAGAGAAACGUGCAGGAGCCCGAAAACUCCCCGGCCAUACCUGCCCAUAUACAGACCGAAGAUCAUAUCCCGGCAGCACUGGACGCCUCCUCGAUUGCAAUCACCGACAACCACCUCAAUCCAGACGAGGUCGAGAUCAUAAUGCACUCUGCCCAUCAGCCCGCCGCUGCCGCUGUAGCUGGAAGUGUCAGCGAGUCGAUUCAUUCGCCGUCGCUCAUACAAGAGGAUCUGGCGUCCAGUAGCCACCACGAUCUCUCCGAAUCAACCCACAACCCGAGUUAUGGCUCUCUCGACACGGCCGACCCGAAACGCCUGAGCUUUAUCUCCUUUGCAGACGUUGUGCAAGCCGAGCUGGCCGAGACAGACAGGGAUGCUGUGCAAUUCAUGAGUUUGUCGUCCACUGUCGACCGUUCACCAUCUCCUGUUCGGUCACCAGUAUCCUCGCACGGCUUCAGCGCUUCCCCGCCGAGGAGUGGUGCCGCAUCGGAGAAAGGGGCCGGCGCACGAUCUCCCAGCAGCCCUACCAUGCACAGCACACUGAGCCAGCCAUUGGCUGGAGAUUUGCAGAUUGAGACGAUGCGCCAGGCGCUGCGCAGAACCGGUUCGGGCGAUCUGAGCGGCGCGAGGUCGCAAUCACUCGGCGCGGCCAGUGCGGAGGAAGCUCUUCCCACCGACCUGCCAUCAUCCAAGUAA